AUGCAGACCCUAGAGCCAAGGAGCUCCGGCGUGCCGCAGCAGCCCUAUCGGGGCCGAGUCCGGAGCGGCUGCCUCACCUGCCGGUCGAGAAAGGUCAAAUGCGAUGAGCUCCGGCCGGUUUGUCACAAUUGCACGAGGCUGAAGCGGCGCUGCGUGUAUAAGCCGAGAAAGAGUCAGCCGGGCCAAGCAGUGACACCUCAGACCCCGGAGCAGCUCAUACCGGACGGAUCUGCUGAUAACAAUGCCUCGGGAUUUGGACAGUCGGCAGAGGUGGAAUUAGCCUCGCAGCAGUAUCCGAGUCCGCUGUCUGAAGGAAAGGAUGGCGUUUAUAUACAAGGGAUUUCGCUUGAUGGUGACCUCAGUAUUACUGAUGGCACCGAAACGAACCCAUUUCUAUCGCCGGAUAGCUCCAUCGUGGAUAUUACUGCGCGCUUGGAGAAGGCGCUGCGGCAAGAUGCCAUAUCUGGCACCACAGACGAUGCUGAAUUUGAGCCCGCCUCGCCUCCAACCUUGAUAUCCCGUGAUAUAGAACUCACAACCACUAUCGAUGUUUUGGCCAUUCGAGAGGUGCCUCUGCAGCCGUCGAUUUCAUUCUUCAUUGAGAGCGUCGACUGCCCAGCUAUAGCUCCUUUUGAUGCUAUCAAUUGGCGGCGCAUGAAGGCUCAAGUUGCCGAGGUUGGCAUGAGCAAUGAAGCCGUGGCCGAGGGGAUUGUGGCUCUUGCUACGCUUUAUAAGGGGCAGAUGUACGGUCUGCCGCUGUCCAAGGCCAUGUCUCUCUAUCAGUCUGCCAAAUCGACAUACGAAGAGCUCUUGGCCGAUAGUACCCAAGAUUUCGACAUCGUCUUGAUAGCAACGUUUCUUUUGAGUUUAUUCGAUGUUGUACAAUAUUACGAAACUGUUCCUCUUCUCAGAGAGCCGAGCGAAGCGUUUCUCACCAGAUUAAGGGCAUGGAAGCAAAGUCAACUCCCAUCUUCUCCACUUGUAAUCAGAAUUAUUGCCUGGUUGAGGAUACUUCAUACAACAACAAUACGCGGUGGAGGUACGGGGCUCCUCUCGGAUGACAUUUAUGAACUUUUCUCUAGCUGCGGCGAUAGCAUGCCCAACAUUGCUGCGCCGUUGAAUGACCCCUCGGACACAUCGACUCACAUUUAUGAGAUGCUCACCACUCCGAUCUUCUACUUUUAUUUUCAGCUCCAGAUGAUAUCUGGUGAAAUUGCGCAAAUGACCCAUUACCACCGCUCACGCACCACUGGCGUGGACCAAAAAGAUGUAGUAGAACAAAUGGCACACAUCAGCUCUCGAUUGCAUACUCUGUGGGAUAAUCGCUGUGCCACUCAGCGCCAAACUUCCGAGGACCUGCGUGCUCACCUUGCGCCCAAGGUUGCCGAUCCCAUCAUUGCACUGGUUGGAAUGGCUAGUGCGGCGUACCAUGCUGAAUUUAUUGAAAUCGGUCGCGUCUUAGGAGACCCCAUAUCUAGAUCUGCAGAAUCAAGGCAGGCAAUGCACCAUUUACGAGAAAUCGUUGACGGGGAUUGGAAUGCUCAGGAGGAAGGCGUUUUGAAGACGGGAUAUCUCCGCCCGCUCUUUUUAUAUGCAAUUGAGUGCAUGGAUCAAGCCGAGAAUAAAUGGGCUGUAGAGCGGUUGGAGAAGAUCAAGAAUCCAAUCUGCCGGAGCGACUUUUUCGCUGCGUUUGGCAGGGAACUUUCGGAGGCACAGCUGCGAAAGGAGAGGAGGGUUACGACCAAGUUUUUCUGUAUAUGGUAUUUUGGAGUGCCGCCUCCAUUUCUGUGA